AUGAAUGUUGGAGCAGCUGAAAAUGGAUGGCCUCUCUGGUAUACUCUGAUACGUGAAAAUAUACCGAAAACCUACACAUUGAAUAAUAAGCUUUAUUCACGUGUCAAUGAUACUUCAUUCUCAAAUGGAAGGUUUAGGCUCCGACUCCCGAAUACGAAAAGUUUAGUACUCCAACCAGUGGCAUUUCCGAGCCUCACAGAAAAUCGGUACCAGCCUUAUUUUAAUUCAAGUUCGUUACCAAGGGGUAACCUUAAGGUUAAACAGUUUGUAUUCAAUGAGUCGGGCCAUAUUUACAUUGCAAGCAAGAAUGGUAGUAUUAUGAAUAUCUUCCAGUCAGAAACUUUUUUCCCGGCCACGGGUGUCUAUUACAGAGCCACACUCGACUAUGAUGGAGUUUUCACACAAUAUUCUCACCCAAAGAACACUUCUGCUCCAGGGCAAUUCUGGAGCACUGUGCGAUAUAUACCAGAUAAUAUAUGUACCAGUUUCGAAGGUAGACUUGGUAGUGGUGCUUGUGGAUAUAACAGCUACUGCGAACUCACUUCCAACGGAAGGACAAGUUGUCAAUGCCCUCCUGGGUUUGAUUUCAUUGAUUCAAAUAACAGAUUUGGUGGUUGCACACCAAAUUUUGAUUUACAAAGAUGCCGUGGAGAGGACACGAGGAAGCCAAACGAAUUAUUCGAGUUGCGGACCUUGAGAAAUGUAGAUUGGACGACGUCCGACUAUGAAAGUUUGGAGGGUUACAAUGAACAGGAUUGUAGAAGCUCAUGCUUGAGCGACUGUCUUUGUGCGGUUGCUUUAUUUAGAGAGGGAAUUUGUUGGAAGAAGAAGCUACCACUCCCAAAUGGUAGGCUUGAUGUUUCUGUGAACGGAAAUGCUUUAAUCAAAGUAAGGAAGGAUAAUGGCUCAUCAGAAGAAGAAGAUCCCCAGUCGCAAAGAAAAUUCAGAAGGAGAAAUCGAUCAACAUUGAUUCUGGUAGGGUCACUGCUUUUAGGCAGCUCAUUUUUUUUCAACCUCCUAUUUUUAGCUGUUAUCUUUGUGGUCAUGUUCUUCAUGAACAAGACACUGAGAAAAAAAACGCAGAAGACGAGUGUUUUGAGAUCCAGUCUCCAUUCAUUUACAUAUCAAGGGCUUGAAGAAGCCACGGAAGGGUUUUCAGAAGAGAUAGGAAGGGGCGCUUUCGGCAUUGUGUAUAAAGGAUUCACAGAAGAAAUGGGUUCCAUUGCAGUGAAGAAAUUAGACAAAGUGUUCCAUCAAGGGGAAAAGGAAUUCAAAUCUGAAGUCAACACAAUAGGUCAGACACAUCACAAGAAUCUGGUCCGACUUCUCGGGUUCUGCGACGAGGGCCAACACAGACUACUAGUAUAUGAGUUCAUGAGCAACAACAGUUUGGCAGAUCAUCUCUUCGGGAUUUCAAAACCAGACUGGAAUCGACGAGUCCAAAUUGCAUUUGGUAUAUCAAGAGGACUUAUGUAUUUGCACGAAGAAUGUAGCACCCAAAUCAUCCACUGUGAUAUAAAGCCUCAAAACAUACUACUGGAUGACAGUUUUACUGCGAAAAUUUCAGACUUCGGAUUGGCAAAGCUUUUGAUAACUAGCCAAACUCGAGCUUCCACGGGGAUUAGAGGGACUAGAGGAUAUGUCGCGCCAGAAUGGUUCAGGAACACACCAGUCUCAUCAAAAGUGGAUGUUUAUAGUUUUGGAGUUAUGCUACUAGAGAUCAUAUGUUGCAGGAAGGGAGUCGUACCGGAGCUAGUAGAAGAAGAGAUAAAAGCCAUUCUCACCGACUGGGCAUACGAUUGCUACAGCCAAGGGAAACUAGAAGAUUUGGUGGAGAAUGAUGAGGAAGUAACGAAUGACAUGAGGAGAUUCGAGAGGCUGGUGAUGAUAGCUAUUUGGUGUAUUCAAGAUGAACCAUCACUUCGACCAUCCAUGAAGAAAGUAACGCAGAUGCUAGAAGGGGUACUUGAAGUUUCUGCACCCCCAUGUCCUUAUCAGUUUAAGGAAUAUGUUGGAAACAGCAGUGAAUGUAAUGAUGUAUAGUAACCGGUGUCAUGUUUCUUUGUUAUGUUAGUAUAGCUGUUAACUCUAGUAAUAUCUAUGUUUUCAAGUCCAAUUGUAACUGUGUUUGAUAAGUUCAAUAAAACUAAGAAAUAAAUUUGCUGCAUA